AUGGAUAGCCUGUCAAUAAAUUCUCAAACCACCGAUCGACGUCACAGCUUUCAAGAGGAAAACGUUCGUUUGGACUUCUUCGCAGAGGGCAACAUUUACAGACCGGAUGGCUCGUACUACUACGACGGCGAAAAAGUCGCCAAACUCAAGGCUAAGAUUAUGCAACUCUUGGCCGAUCUUUUCCCGCCUCAAGAGACCGAGCGACCUACCAUUAGACGUCUUGGGCAAGGCGCAUAUAAUAUGGUCGUUGGUGUGUCUGUAAUACCCAAGAUACACGCACAGAAAAGCGACUCAAGCUAUAGUGCUAGAGUAACACGACUGCUCGGUUCACCGCCCAAGCCACAGACCUUCGCACUGAGAAUUCCAGUGGAAUCAUGGUUCGAUGUGAACGGUCACUUGGGAAGUAUAAUAAGAAGCGAUAUACACCAAGAUGUAGCGACUCUAUGUGUUCUGGGUCAGCGCCUCCCGGUGCCCAUUCCCACAAUCAAAGAGUUCGACGUUACAGAGAUCAACGCCCUACGUCGGUCAUAUAUGCUGCAAAACUUUAUACCAGGUGAAAGCCUUGUGAAGCUUUGGCAUGAGAUGAACCUCGACCAAAAGGCGUCAGCAGUUCGCCAGCUGACUAGGAUCGUAGAGGCCAUUGCGUCCAUCACCUCACCAGCAGCUGGUCAAAUAUCGUUCGAAAACAUCACUUCACCCAGCUCGGAGAUCAAGCUGGACCAAAUCCUCAUUCCCACUGCAGACCAGGCGCAUCUCCAUCCAAAACUGAAUCUCCUCGAAAAGCGUGAGGCACCGCAUCAGACACCAUGCCAAUUUCUGAUCGACUGUUGUAACCGGUGGAUGAGGUAUGAGGCCCUGAUCGGCCCACCCGAUGGCUUCAGAGAGUCGCUCUGGUACAGCAUAAUUGAGAUCAUUCACGUACUCGACGACAUGGGUUGGCUAGGCGACCGCUUCCACCUUAUGCACGGCGACCUUUUCGCCCGCAAUGUAAUGGUGGAAAUCAGCAGCCGCAGUUCAGUCAAAAUCACCGGUAUCGUAGAUUGGGACAUGGCCUGCUUCGUUCCAAAGAUCAUCGCACUUCGUAGCCCGUUCUGGGCUUGGAAGGGCAUCGACUACGAUGAGUCCGAUGAAAAUAAAGUGGCGCAGGCACCUUCCGAUCGGGUAGGCAAGGCGCUAAGGACUGCAUUUUUGAGUACGGCUUCGCAGGAGUACGUCACCAUGACUUUGGAGGAUGAGGGUGUGAUCGCGCGGAAACUGUACAAUGUGGUCACAGGUGGGUUGUUGACUUCUAGAGAGCGAACAAUGGCUGCGAGACUCAUUCAACAUUGGAAUGUGAUUUGUCCUAAGGAGCAUCCCUCCAGGGUUAGGAAGUCGAAAACCGUGCAUUGA